CGCACACACCGACGGCAGCAGGGGCGCGAUCCAAGCACACACGUCACGCGCGCUCCGCAAGCAUUCCCGGCCAACCCAGCACCGCUCUCUCGUCUUGGUAGGCCCUUGCCUGCGAACAACACCAGAACGCACCGGGCCGCUGCCCAACGAGACAAGUCCCCCUAGACUCGCAUCAUGUCUGUACUACCCGCAGAGGUUCACACGGCGCUGGCCACGCUGCUGCAGGGCCUCCAGUCGCCUGAUAAUGUCCAGCGCACGGCAGCCGAGCAGCAGCUGAACGACGAAUGGGUCGCCCAGAGGCCCGAAGUGCUCUUGAUGGGCCUUUCCGAGCAGAUUGAACUGGCCCAGGAUACCUCAACGCGAACCUUUGCCGCCGUCAUCUUCAGGCGCCAGUCGUCCAAGCCUCGCAAGGCGCCUUCCGGUCAGACCGCCGACCUGUUCCUGACGCUCAAUCCCGCUGAGCGAGAAGCCAUACGCGCCAAGCUGCUGCAAUGCCUGGCCAACGAGACCGACACUUCGGUCCGCACAAAGAUUGGAGAUGCCGUUGCAGAGCUCGCCCGCCAGCACACGGACGAAGGCGUCGCAUGGCCGGAGCUUCUGGGCGCCCUGUUCCAGGCAAGCCAGUCGCAGGACCCCGCACAGCGCGAGAAUGCGUUCAGGAUAUUCUCAACAACCCCGCAGAUUAUCGAGAAGCAGCAUGAAGAUGUGGUCAUGACCGCCUUCAAGGGCGGGUUUGCCGACAGCGAGUCUUCUGUCCGGAUUGCUUCUGUUGAGGCCUUUGCGUCCUUUUUCCGCUCCAUCACCAAGAAGGCUCAGUCCAAGUACUACUCGCUCAUUGGCGAGAUUCUCAACAUUCUGCCGCCCAUCAAAGACUCUGGCGAUGCCGAGCUGCUUACCAAGGCCCUCAUCUCGCUCAUCGACCUCGCCGAGGUCGCGCCAAAGAUGUUCAAGCCCCUGUUCAACAGCCUGGUUCAAUUCAGCAUCUCGGUGAUUCAGGACAAGGAUCUCGGAGAAACAGCUCGUCAAAAUGCGCUGGAGCUCAUGGCCACGUUCGCCGACAAUGCUCCAGUCAUGUGCAAAAAGGACGCUAAUUUCACAAACGACAUGGUCACGCAAUGUCUGUCUCUGAUGACUGACGUUGGUGCUGAUGACGACGACGCCGAAGAGUGGAACGUUUCCGAAGACUUGGACGAAGAGAGCGAUUCAAACCACGUUGCCGGUGAACAAUGCAUGGAUCGCUUGGCAAACAAGCUGGGUGGACAGGCCAUCUUGCCGCCGACCUUUAACUGGCUCCCCCGCAUGAUGACUUCGUCGGCUUGGCGCGACAGACAUGCCGCUCUCAUGGCCAUCUCGGCCAUUUCCGAGGGAUGCCGCGAGCUGAUGGUUGGAGAACUCGACAAGGUUCUGGAUCUCGUACUCCCUGCGCUUCGGGAUCCCCAUCCCCGUGUCCGAUGGGCUGCCUGUAACGCUGUUGGCCAGAUGUCGACUGAUUUUGCGGGAACCAUGCAAGAAAAGUACCACCAGGUCGUUUUGCCGAACAUCAUUCCCGUCCUGGAGUCUGCAGAGCCCCGCGUUCAGGCACACGCAGCAGCUGCUCUAGUCAACUUUUGCGAGGAGGCUGAGAAGAACAUUCUUGAACCAUAUCUGGACCAGCUCCUCAACCAUCUGUUGAUGCUUUUGCAAAGCCCCAAGCGCUUUGUCCAGGAGCAGGCUCUGUCUACCAUUGCGACUGUCGCUGAUUCGGCUGAAGCUGCCUUCUCCAAGUACUACGACACUCUGAUGCCGCUGCUGUUCAACGUGCUACAAGAGGAGCAGUCAAAAGAGUACCGGCUGCUGCGAGCAAAGGCUAUGGAAUGUGCAACUCUCAUUGCUCUUGCUGUUGGCAAGGACCGCAUGGGCCAGGACGCGCUCAACCUCGUCCAGCUCCUGGGACGUAUCCAAAACAGCGUGUCGGAGCCUGACGAUCCACAAGCCUCGUACCUGCUCCACUGCUGGGGCCGCAUGUGCCGUGUGCUUGGCCGUGAAUUCGUCCCUUUCCUCGCUGGCGUUAUCCCACCACUCACUGAGCUUGCCGGGGCCAAGGCGGACAUCCAGCUGCUCGACGACGAAGACCAGGUCGCUCAGAUUCAGGACGAGGAAGGCUGGGAACUCGUGCCACUCAAGGGCAAGGUCAUUGGCAUCAAGACUAGUAUUCUUGACGACAAGCACAUGGCUAUUGAGCUUAUUGUCAUUUAUGCUCAGGUUCUGGAGGAUGCUUUCGAGCCAUAUGUUAAUGACAUCAUGGAGAAGAUUGCCCUCCCUGGCCUGGCCUUUUUCUUCCACGACCCUGUGCGAGUCGCGUCGGCCAAGUGUGUUCCGACUUUGCUGAAUGCAUACAAGAAAGCCCACGGUCCAGAGUCUGCGCAGCUGGGAGACCUCUGGAAGCGCACUGUGGAGCGUGUGCUCGAGGUCUUGAGCACUGAGCCUGCUAUUGACACCCUUGCGGAGAUGUACCAGUGUUUCUACGAAUGCCUUGAAUGCAUUGGCCGAAACUGCCUGACUGAUGCGCACAUGACCACUUUCAUCGAGUCCGCUAGGAGCGUGCUUGAAGACUACAACGUGCGCGUCAAGGAGCGUCUGGAAGAGCAGGCUGAGAACGAAGACGGCGAGGAGGCAUCCGAAGAGAUUCUGUUCGCCAUCGAGGACGACCAGAACCUGCUUUCCGACAUGAACAAGGCGUUCCACAGCAUCUUCAAGACCAUGGGCACCGCCUUCCUCCCGCACUGGGCUGUUUUGGUUGAUUACUACAGGAUGGCAGCUGUCAACCAAGAUCCUACCCAACGCCAGUGGGCCAUUUGCAUCUACGACGACGUCCUGGAGUUCUGUGGCCCAGAGUCGUGGCAGUACAAAGACCAAAUCAUGCAGCCACUCAUCGAUGGAAUGCAGGACGACGUGCCUGCCAACCGUCAAGCAGCGGUAUAUGGCGUGGGUGUCGCAGCCCACAAGGGUGGCGAGAACUGGUCAGAGUUUGUUGCUGCCUCGCUGCCUACUCUCUUCAAUGUCAUCCAGCGGCCAAACGCUCGUACUGACGAUGACAUUUUUGCGACAGAGAAUGCAUCGGCUGCGAUUGCCAAGAUUCUGCAUUACAACGCAAGCAAGGUGCAGAACUGGAACAAUGUUGCUGUUGCCUGGAUAGACACGCUGCCAAUCACAAACGACGAGGAGGCUGCACCAUACGCAUAUGCUUUCUUGGUACAAUUGAUCGAACAGCAAAACCAAGCCGUCUUUUCUCAGCCUGCCAAGAUCUUCAACUAUGUCGUCCAAGCCCUCGAGGCCGAGACCCUGCAAGGACAGACUGCCAACCGCAUAGUUGCUUCUGUCAAGGCGCUUAUCCAAGCCACCAGCACCGACCUGAGUCAAGCCGCUGCAUCCCUGACUCCAGACCAACAGCGCACAGCCCAGGCCUACCUUAGCUAAACGGCCUUUGACAGUGGUCAGUUUUGACUAGACGGCCUCAUCGAGACGAAGGACAAUGUGUCAUGUAACAUGAAUUGUGUUUGAUCAGAGAUGACAAUAUGAAUGGAUGGCAACAAAAAAAUGAAGGAAAGAAAAAGCGGGCACUGAUGUACCCUUGAUUAUGAUGGCACGAAAGAUAGGAAUGCCGAUAUAGAUUACAUAUUUUUUCCAUGUGUUAUGCAAGGUGGGGAGAUUGCUUGGGUUUGGUUUGGUAUGGUGUGGUAUGGUUGAUUUGGUUAGGUUAGGUUAGGUUCAUCAUGACAGAUUCC